GCUGAAGACGGGCCAAACCAGGUGCAACAGGGGAUCAGCCGGCAGGCACCCUCGGGGAGCGUACAGAACUCCCAGGAAGGAGUAGAAUAAGCAGCAGUCAGAGGAACAGACCCAGUGGCAUUCCUAGAGGCAGUGGCUGGGUUUAACAUGGAUCGCUAAAAGCAUUUCCUUGUCCUGUGAUCUGGAUGGUCAGGGAGCUGCCUUCAGGACACAGAUUCACAGAGCUCAAACCAGGGACUGCUACUGACAGAAUCUGGAAAUGGCAAAACCUUAUGUGAAACCCAAGGAGAUGACAGAGUCGGUCAACACACCAUCCUGGAUGGACAAAGGUCUGGGCUCUCAGAAUGAGAUGAAGGAGGAGGAGAGAAGACCAGGUGCUUAUGGGAUGCUUGGCAACUUAGCUGAAGAGCAUGACAGUAUUGAGGAGGAAGAAGAGGAGGAGGAGGAUGGGGAGAAGCCUAAGAGAAGGGGUCCCAAGAAAAAGAAGAUGACAAAAGCUCGCCUUGAGAGAUUCAGGGCUCGAAGAGUGAAGGCCAAUGCUAGAGAGCGGACCCGGAUGCACGGCCUGAACGAUGCCCUGGACAACCUGAGGAGAGUCAUGCCAUGUUACUCCAAGACCCAAAAGCUCUCCAAGAUAGAAACUCUGAGACUGGCCAGGAACUAUAUUUGGGCUUUGUCUGAGGUUCUGGAAACUGGGCAGACACCUGAAGGAAAGGGCUUUGUGGAGAUGCUCUGCAAAGGGCUCUCUCAGCCCACGAGCAAUCUGGUGGCUGGAUGCCUCCAGCUGGGCCCUCAGUCUGUGCUCUUGGAGAAGCAUGAGGAGAAAUCUCCUAUUUGUGACUCCGCCAUCUCUGUCCACAACUUCAACUACCAGUCUCCUGGGCUCCCCAGCCCUCCUUAUGGCCAUAUGGAAACGCAUCUUAUUAAUCUCAAACCUCCAGUAUUCAAGGGUUUGGGAGAAUCAUCCUUUGGGAGCCAUCCACCUGACUGCAGUACACCUCCUUAUGAGGGCCCACUUACUCCACCCCUGAGCAUCAGUGGGAAUUUCUCCCUGAAGCAAGAUGGCUCUCCUGACCUGGAUAAAUCCUAUAGCUUCAUGCCACAUUACCCCUCUGCAAGUCUAAGCUCAGGGCAUGUGCAUUCAACUCCCUUUCAGGCUGGUACCCCCCAUUAUGAGGUUCCCAUAGAUAUGUCUUAUGAUUCUUUCCCCCACCAUGGUAUUGGGGCCCAACUCAAUACGGUAUUCACUGACUAGGGCAGUAAGACCAGCAUUUCGAGGGAUAAUGUGGAGAUGUUUCUCAUAAUUCAAGUGGUUGAGCUGAAGAUUCAGUGACCUUACUGGAACCCUACAGGUAUAUCAAACAUAAUAAUCUUAGUCCAUUUAGGCCCUCCUAUACCUGUCACCCUCUUUCCUCAUCAAUUUCUCAAAUUGUAUUGAUUCCUUUAUUUAGCAUCCUCAAGUGAAUUUAUUCAAUUGUUUACAAUCUAUGUAAAU